AUGGACCAAAUAAAGCCAGUCCCAGGCAGAAAGGGGAGGAAGGCCAGCUGCUGGAAGUUAACCGUCGUGGCCGCCGUAGUGGGCAGCGUGAUGGCCCUCUACCUGGGGAUCCUGCUGGCCUGUCAUCCCGUGGGAGAGACCAGCUUUGAGCACACAGUGGAGCUGCAAGGAAUCAUGUUCAACAGCAGCUUGCAGAGGGAGAACUCGGACUAUUACAGGGUGCUGACACCCGCCCUUGAGAGGCUGUUUCUGUCCAGUUUCCAGGACUCCCAGCUGGACUGGAGCUGCAUUGGUUGCACCAUCCUGGGCUACAGCAGGAAUGGGAACUCAAGCGUACUCGUCCGUUUCCGCCUCCACUUCAGCCGCCAGGAUUCCCAUCCUCUGAGCUCUGCCACGGAGGAGGAAGCUCUCAGACAUGGCCUGGCAGCUGCCCUGCACGAGCAGGGUCUCUCCCUGGCUGCCUAUGGGACAAUAUCCUCAGCUUCUCUUACAGGUCCCAGUGAGGUUUCUCCAUACAGACCAGGACUGAAAUCAGGGAGCUGCCCUGGAGACUUGUUCACUUGCCGCAACAAGCAGUGCGUGUCGAAAGAAAACCCAGAAUGUGAUGGCCAAAAGGACUGCCCUGAUGCCUCUGAUGAAAAGGGCUGCGACUGCGGGAGCCGCCCUGCCAUGCAGACUGCCACCAGGAUAGUCGGAGGCUCAGAGGCAUCCAGAGGGGAGUUCCCAUGGCAAGUCAGCCUGCGAGAGAACAACGAACAUUUCUGUGGUGCUGCAAUCCUCACAGAGAAGUGGCUGGUGUCUGCUGCUCACUGCUUUACUGAGUUUCAGGACCCAGCCAUGUGGGCAGCUUACACGGGGACCACCUCCAUUAGCGGUAUGGACAAAGGCACAGUAAAAAUGGGCAUCGCACGGAUCAUCCCGCAUCCCUCCUACAACACAGACACAGCUGACUAUGAUGUGGCUGUGCUGGAGCUGAAGAGACCUGUGACCUUUACUAAGUACAUCCAGCCUGUGUGCCUGCCAGAUGCUGGGCAUCACUUCCCCACCAGCAAGAAGUGCCUUAUCUCUGGCUGGGGCUACCUCAAGGAGGAUUUCUUGGUGAAACCCGAGUUCCUGCAGAAAGCAACAGUGGAGCUGUUGGACCAGACACUGUGCUCCAGCCUCUACAGCCAUGCCCUCACAGACAGGAUGUUGUGUGCUGGCUACCUGGAGGGGAAAAUAGAUUCUUGCCAGGGUGACUCUGGUGGGCCCCUUGUUUGUGAAGAACCAUCUGGCAAGUUCUUCCUGGCAGGAAUCGUGAGCUGGGGAAUUGGAUGUGCUGAAGCCAGACGGCCUGGGGUUUACACACGUGUUACCAAACUGAGAGACUGGAUCUUGGAUGCUAUUUCUCCCUUUCCCAACUCCAUAGCGCGUACUGUCCCACUAAUACACUCCAGUACUAACAGUAACGUGGUCACCACUGAAGAGCUCAACAGCACCACCAGAGCAAUCCCCACCACCUCACCAGCCCCAGCUGCCAGCGAGCCAGCACCUGCAUCCAGACCGCAAGAGUGCGGAGGAAGACCUGGGCUCUCUAAACCCAGCAAGAUCGUGGGAGGAACAGAUGCUUCCAGAGGAGAGAUCCCCUGGCAAGUCAGCCUGAGAGAAGACUCGAUGCAUUUCUGUGGAGCCACCAUAAUUGGGGACCGCUGGCUGCUGUCAGCAGCUCACUGCUUCAAUGAGACAGAUCCAGAAGAGAUUGAAGCCUACAUGGGAACGACAUCACUAAAUGGAACAGAUAGGAACACGGUGAAAGCCAACGUAACAAGAGUCAUCCAGCAUCCUCUCUUCAACCCUAUCCUUCUGGACUUCGAUGUGGCUGUACUUGAGCUGGCAGAACCCCUUGUCUUCAGCAAAUACAUCCAGCCUAUCUGCCUCCCGCUUACGGUGCAGAAGUUUCCUGUUGGCAAGAAAUGCAUCAUUUCUGGGUGGGGAAACCUCCAAGAAGGGAAUUUCACCAAGCCUGAGAGCCUGCAGAAAGCUUCUGUGGGCAUCAUAGACCAGAAGACUUGCAACUUCCUCUACAACUUCUCCCUCACUGACCGAAUGAUCUGUGCUGGCUUCCUGGAAGGGAAGAUAGACUCGUGCCAGGGAGAUUCAGGUGGGCCUUUGGCCUGUGAGGUCACCCCAGGCGUGUUUUAUCUGGCUGGCAUCGUGAGCUGGGGAAUUGGCUGUGCCCAGGCUAAGAAACCUGGCGUGUACUCCAGAAUUACCAAAUUCUAUGACUGGAUCCUGGAUACCAUCUCACAGUAUGCCAGUCCUGGCACAAGCACUCCUUCCAGUUCAGCCAUCACCAGCACUUCUACUGCAGCCAUCCUCACACGCCGCGCCAGUACAACAGCUACAAGAGCCGUCAACAGAACCACCCUGAGCACGAAGACCACCGCACCCACGAAAGAAACCUCCACAGCUCUGGGAACCACUGAGCCUGCCAAGCCCACCCAAACCCCAGUGGUGCCUUGUACCAGCUUCACCUUCAGGUGUUCCAGCAAUGUCUGUAUAGGAAAAGAAAAUCCUGAAUGUGAUGGAGUUGUUGACUGCAGCAAUGGCUUUGAUGAAAGCAAUUGCGACUGUGGCUUAACUACUGCUCUGGCCUUCAGCAAGAUCGUGGGUGGGAGCACUGCAGCUCGAGGAGAAUGGCCCUGGCAAGUCAGCCUCUGGCUUCGGCAGAAGGAGCACAAGUGCGGGGCUGUCCUCAUCGCUGACAGGUGGCUGCUCUCUGCAGCUCACUGCUUUGAUAUUUACAGUGACCCCAAAAUGUGGGUGGCCUUUCUAGGAACACACUUCCUGAGUGGCAUCGAUGGCAAAACGGAGAAAAUAUUCCGUAUCUACAAGCACCCUUUUUACAACGUCUACAGCCUGGACUACGACGUGGCGCUGCUAGAGCUGAACAUGCCCGUCAAGUUCAGCAGCACCAUCAAACCUAUAUGUCUCCCAGACAGUUCACACAUCUUCCACGAAGGAGCCAGAUGCUUCAUCACAGGCUGGGGUUCCACGAAAGAAGGAGGUCUCAUGUCAAAGCAUCUGCAAAAAGCAGCAGUGAACGUGAUCGGAGACCAGGCCUGCAAAAAGUUCUACCCUGUCCAGAUCAGCAGCAGGAUGGUGUGUGCCGGUUUCCCACACGGUACCGUCGACAGUUGUUCAGGUGAUGCUGGUGGUCCUCUGGCGUGUCAAGAACCCUCAGGAAGGUGGUUUCUAGCAGGAAUCACAAGCUGGGGCUACGGCUGUGCCAGGCCGUACUUUCCUGGUGUCUACACUAAAGUCACAGCUGUCCAAGGCUGGAUUGCGCAGAACCUCAAGCUCUGA